AUGGCGUCUCUCGGCGAUGACUUGCUCGUCACUGUGAACAAGCUCCAGGACUUGGUGUUCAAUACCAUUGGCAAUGAUUCCCUUGAUCUUCCGCAGAUUGUUGUCGUCGGUUCGCAAUCUUCUGGAAAGUCCUCCGUGCUUGAAAACAUCGUUGGCCGCGACUUCCUGCCCCGGGGAAGUGGCAUCGUGACGAGGAGACCGUUGAUCUUGCAACUGAUCAAUGUUUCCGACGAACAAGAUACUCAGCCGGACAAUGCUGCUAUCAAUAUUCCACAUACUUCCAGCAGCGUGGCGGCUCAUGGAGAAUGGGCUGAGUUCCAUCAUUUGCCGGGGCGAAAAUUUGACGACUUUGCUUUAGUGAAACAAGAAAUUGAAAAUGAAACAGCUCGCAUUGCAGGAAGCAACAAAGGCAUCAAUCGGCAGCCGAUCAACCUGAAGAUUUUCUCCCCCCAUGUCCUGAACUUGACCCUUGUUGACUUGCCUGGUCUGACCAAAGUACCAAUCGGCGACCAGCCCUCCGACAUAGAAAAACAGACGCGGACACUCAUUUCCGAAUAUAUUGCGAAGCCCAACAGCAUUAUCCUUGCAGUGUCGCCCGCGAACGUCGACCUCGUCAACUCGGAAGCUCUGAAGCUUGCGCGCCAUGUAGACCCUAUGGGACGCAGGACUAUUGGCGUGCUGACCAAGUUGGAUCUGAUGGACCAUGGCACAAAUGCUCUGGAUAUCCUGUCCGGCCGCGUCUACCCGCUCAAACUAGGCUUUAUUGGCGUCGUCAACCGAUCGCAGCAAGAUAUUCAGAGUGGCAAGUCGCUCGCCGAGGCGUUGAAGGCAGAGGCCGACUUCUUCAGACACCAUCCAGCAUAUCGAAACAUGGCUAUACGUUGUGGAACGCAAUUCCUUGCCAAAACUCUGAACUCGACCUUGAUGGCGCAUAUUCGCGAUAGACUGCCAGAUAUCAAGGCGCGACUCAACACACUCAUGGGACAGACGCAACAGGAGCUUGCUAGCUACGGAAAUAAGCAGUUCAGUGGCAAAGAGCACCGAGGCUCACUCAUUCUUCAACUGAUGACGCGUUUCGCAAGUUCGUUUAUUUCAUCCAUUGACGGUACAUCCUCGGAGAUAUCGACAAAGGAACUUUGCGGUGGCGCACGCAUAUAUUAUAUCUUCAACUCGGUCUUUGGGCAUUCCUUGGAGACAAUUGACCCAACUCAGAAUCUUACAGUAUUUGACAUUAGGACUGCUAUACGCAACUCUACUGGACCGCGACCAAGUCUCUUUGUGCCGGAGCUGGCUUUCGAUCUUUUAGUGAAACCGCAGAUCAAACUGUUGGAAAUUCCCAGCCAACGGUGCGUGGAGCUUGUAUACGAAGAACUGAUCAAGAUCUGCCAUACUUGCGGGUCUCAGGAGCUAUCCCGGUUUCCCCGGCUCCAAGGCAAGCUCAUUGAAGUGGUGUCUGAUCUCCUCCGCGAGCGCUUGGGCCCAUGUUCGACGUAUGUAGAAUCGCUCAUUUCCAUACAAAGAGCGUACAUCAACACCAACCACCCGAACUUUUUGGGUGCAGCAGCAGCCAUGUCCUCGGUGAUUCAGAGCAAGCAGGAGCAGGAAAAGAAAGCUAUACUGGCAGAAGAGCGCAAGAAACGGGAGAAGAGGAGACUCAAGGAAACGGGGGAGACCAAUGGAGUAGCAGGCGAUGAGGAGGAAGAUCAGCACGCUGCACGCAACGUUCCUAUUCGCACAGCUGCAGGCUCGAGGACGAUAUCUCCACACCUAGCCAAGGGCGUGGAUGGCGUCGAUACGGGUGUAAAUGGCACACAACAAUCCAACUCUCCCCCGGUGUUUGGGGCGGCAAAUUCAGCUCGUGACUCAUUCCUCAAUUACUUCUUUGGCAAAGAAGGGAUGCCAUCAUCCGGACCCCUCCCUCAACCAACAACACAACAUCAAGGUCGACGAGUCGGUCAUUUCACAGAGCCCAGCAUCAGCCAGAGUAUUCGCCGCAGCGAACCUCAACCUCGAUCACCCGUGAUACCGCAAGACGACUUUAACGCACCCAUUUCCGACUAUGGCAGGGACAUUUCCCAAUUCCCGAACGACAACGUCGAGCCCAAUCUGACCGAACGAGAAAUCAUGGAAACAGAACUCAUCCGCCGCCUCAUCUCCUCUUACUUCAACAUCGUGCGCGAAACUAUCGCCGACCAAGUGCCCAAAGCAGUCAUGCACCUGCUAGUCAACCACAGCAAAGACGUUGUGCAAAACCGACUAGUCAGCGAACUGUACAAAGAAGAAUUAUUCGGCGACCUGCUGUACGAAGAUGACGGCAUCAAAGCCGAGCGCGAGAAAUGUGAACGACUAUUGGAGACGUACAAGGAGGCGGCGAAGAUUGUAGGAGAAGUUCUAUAG